CCUAGACUGGCAUUUGAUGACACGUCCAGGCGAUGCAAGGGAAAUGAUCGAGCAAGGCCAGUCAUCUAUACUAACUUCCUGUUGCGCUGUCUCGUCGAUUCCAUCGCUGUUUGCGCAAGGGAUUCUUCCACCAUCACCUCCAUCACUCUCGAUGGGAUUCCGUUAUCGCUGAAGUACCUCAACAUCCUCUGUUGCGGAUUGAAGAACAACGAGAAGCUAAUUAAUCUAUCUCUGACGAAGUGUCAUAUAGGAGACGUCGGUUGUGAUUUGUUGUUGGGCUGUUUGAGGAACAAUCCAAAAUUGUGUGCAUUAAAUUUAUCGUCUUGCCGGCUGUCGAACAGAAGCGCCAUGUGUCUGUCACUGUUCUUGAAGAGAAGGAAGGCUGAUCUGUUGCAGAAUGUUUGGGAACAGUCCUCUGUACAAUCUCCGGAAGAAAAUUCUGACAAGAAGCCCCAGGGAUUGCACACGUUGAUUCUGAACCAAAAUCCAAAAAUCGGGGACACUGGCGUGAGGCAGUUAGUUUACGCGUUAAAAAGCGACGUCUGGCUGAGAUCGCUGAGUCUGAGGCACUGUGGGAUCAGUAAACACGGAGCAGAGACGAUGAUUCGUCUCUUACAAACCAACAGUAGAAUUACGAAGUUAGAUCUCACUGAAAAUCAUAUACCUAUUAACACCUUACAAAUGAUACUGAAGAUAUUGAAGAGAAGGCAAGAGAUGACUGAAAGUAUAACGUCGAAGAAAAGAUUUCGUAUAGAUAUGAGACGAGACUUGAUAAAGAAUGGAAUUCACGAACUUAUAAAACAACGUAGAAGAAGUUUACGAAAUAGAACAGAGAGGCUCAACAAAUAUUCAACGCAGAAACAUCAUUGGAAGAAGAUCCACAGGUUCGAGAUAAAACUGAAACAGUCGAAGGAAAUAGAAGUUCCGAACGAGGAUCGAAGUCGAAAGAAGAAACUCGGAGAUUUGGAAUCGCAGUUAUGGAGUCUAGUCGAGUCGAAUUUCAAAUUGAAGGAGGAACUUUCGAGCAAUAAAGCGUUGCUGGAUACAGAAGCGCAACAAAGAUUAAAAAUGGAGGACGAGUUGCAAAAAGUGUCGCUUCGGUUAAACGACCUUAAAAGCAAAGUCGUUAUGCUAGAUUGUGUUUCAUCGAAUGCUUGUAACGAAAGUCGUUUAUUAAAGGGAUUGAAGUACAUUUUUGACAAAUUGGAAUCAUUUUCGACAGCGAGGCAAAAGGAUAUAAACGAGGAAGUUCUUUUGAAUCCUGCGGAGCCAUUAUGGUCAUCGCCAUUGACACAACAAAUGGAGAACAGUUUCGUGAAUUGCUUGCAACAGACUAAUGUAGCUUUGUUCCCUGUUGAAAAUUUUUGAAGAGAUAUAUAAAUAACAUACAAAUUACUUUUAUGAGGUUUAUUUUAAUAAAAGAAGGGUUUUAUAUCAUUUUGAAUUGUAUUUUUACGGUGGUAUUAUCAGAAUAAAUGUUUGGUAAAGAGAA